UUCAUCUCAGCCCUUCCUCAGAAGGGGAAGUGUUCACAGCAGCACAGUUCACUUGACUUCAGCCUGAAAACAAACGGAGCCCAACGGAUCCAAAUUCUACCAAACAGGUUCCAUUAGCAGAGUGUCACCAUGGCUCAAGGCUGCCUCAAGUGUUUAAAGUACACCAUGUGUGUCGCCAACUUCCUCUGUUUUGUGUGUGGGGUGGCGGUUCUGGGCUUCGGUGUGUACCUGAUGGUGCAAUUUAACUUCGCCGCUCUCACCCCGUCUCUGGCCAGCCUCAACAUUCCCAGCAUGCUGCUGAUCAGCGGCAUCGUCAUCACCUGUGUGUCUUUCCUGGGGUUCCUGGGGGCCCUGAAGGAGAACCGCUGCCUUCUCAUGACGUUUUUCCUGGUGAUCUUCAUUCUGAUGCUGGUGGAGCUCACAGCAGCAUGCCUGAUGCUCAUUUAUGAGGCCGAGAUUGGCGAUAUAGUGACAAAGGAUCUCAACAAAGGUUUGGAAAACACAAGAAAUAAUAAAACUGAAAUGAGUGACUGGGAUAUAGUUCAGAACACAUUUCAGUGCUGCGGAGUCUAUAAUGUCAGUGACUGGGGAAAUAAAAUCCCUGCUUCCUGCUGUGUGGGAACCGUAUGUCCCUCAAGAAACAGUACAACUAAAAUUGACCUGGAGUACAAAGAGGUGCAGGAAGCUCACACAACCCAAACGAACAAGCACAACAACCGUCUCUUCACCCCUCCAGCUUUCACCCAGCCAGCUACCAGAGAGAAGUCAGGAAUGAGCAGACCUCCUCUGCCUCAGCAUGCAGCGGUCACAACCUUCCCUGGUCUGACCAUUGCUCCACUCCCAGACUACCAGUUUGUCCUUCACCAGUAG